AUGGCCGGCAUUGCGCAACCACGGGAAAACCUCGGCUGCUUUGUCCCACGGACGGGGAUGGUCUCGCUAGAAGUGCCUGUUGACGUUGUGUCUGCUAUGAAGUGGCGAUCUCUCCUGCCCCAACAAUGUAUUUUGCUGAUACCGUGUCUCCUAAUGGCUUUGGAAGCUGUACCUAUAGACAUAGAUAAGACAAAAGUCAAAGGAGAAGGUCACGUAGAAGGAGAGAAGAUAGAAAAUCCAGAUACAGGGCUCUAUUAUGAUGAAUAUCUCAGGCAAGUAAUUGAUGUCUUGGAAACAGAUAAGCAUUUCAGGGAGAAACUCCAGACUGCUGACAUAGAAGAAAUAAAGAGUGGAAAACUUAGCAGAGAGCUUGACUUAGUAAGCCACCACGUGAGAACACGACUGGAUGAACUCAAGCGACAAGAGGUGGCAAGAUUAAGAAUGUUAAUUAAAGCCAAAAUGGAUUCUGUUCAAGGUAAGAAUACAAAAUCUAAGAAGGUGAACUGGGCACCUGUCCAAUACAAGCUAGACAAAAUCUAAGCUACGCUGUCCUUG